CCACCUUACUCGUAUCUAAAAACUGAAUCAUAUCGCUCGCGAUCAGUGCUGCCAUGCGCUUCGACGCGCAGACAGCACCCAUCGCAGACCUUCUGGGCACGCAGAAGGGCGCCCGAUGCGCUCUGCAUUGCCCGCUGGACGUAGCGCCACCACGGGCGGCUGUGGUAGCUGCGGUGCCGAUGGGAGCUGCCAUGAAGCCGCCAAAGACGCUGAGCUCAUUUGCCUAUGCACCCUUUGAGGCUUCCAUGGCCCGCAGCGGAGAUUUUCUUCAGGUGCCUGCCAGCCUGUCGCACGUGGAGGUGACGCCCUCGGUGAAGGCGGCGCCGAGCCGCCGCGGCAGCAGCUUCCGUGAGAUGGAGCACCCACCACCGCCGCCGCCACCGCCGAAGGGCUUGAGCUGGGAUGAGAAGAAGUUGUGCAGCCAGCAAGAGUACUACGAGGAUUGCAUCCAGUGCUGCAGAGAGAAGAUGCCGGCACACUCGGCCAAAUGUAUGCAUAAGUUCUGCACGCCACUGCUGACGAAGCCAAAGCCGCAAGAUCUGCAGUGA